UAUCCGCAGAAGCAGUGCAGGCAAAGUCAUGUGUACAAGUGGUUAGUUAUAGACCAACCGCUGAGCAUUUUAGCACUUAAACUUUAUGAGGCUCCCAUUGUGUGAAAGAGACAGAAAAGAUGGACGACAUAGAUGUCAUGUUCAGUCACCUGCUUGGAGAGAUUGAUCAUCUCUCUCAGAGUUUAAUGCCUGCAGCGGACACCGCAGAAGUGGACCCUGACUCGCAGGCAGAGAGAACCUUCUCCAUUGGCUUCAUGGACCUAAAUGAGUGUCUUAAUGAACUGGAGGACCACGACCUGGAUGCUCUAGUGGCUGACCUCGGAUCAAAAUCAACCCCCUCAGAAGAGAGACUCCUCACAAAUCAACAGAGCAACAGCUGUAAAGAAAAUCAAAUAGCAGCGUCAGCCAUGACUCAGGAACCUGAGCCAGUAGCUGUUAUUCCUCCACAAUUGAACUCUGCUAAAUCCUCUGGAGGGCUGCAGAUGAGCGAACCUCAGACAAAGGUAGACAAAAUCAAACUGGCUCUGGUGAAGCUGAGAGAAGCCAAAGUGAGGAAGUUAAUAGUAAAGGUGCUGAUGAGUGAUGGCAGCUCCAAGACACUGAUGGUGGAUGAGAGACAGACGGUCCGAGAGGUUUUGGACCAGCUUUUUGAGAAGACACACUGUGACUGCAGCAUCGACUGGAGCCUGUGUGAGACCAACCCUGAGCUGCAGAUUGAAAGAGGCUUUGAGGACCAUGAAAACUUAGUGGAGCCCCUGUCUGCGUGGACUCGCUUCAGUGAAAACAAAAUCCAUUUUGUGUCGAGACCUCAGAAGUAUGUGAUGUUUACAGAGCCUCAAGUAUUUUACAUGUGGAAAAAGAAGAAAGAAUGUUUGAGUGGGAUUAAUGAGCAAGCCAAACAGAUCUUACUCAAGGAGCAUUUCGGAGGUUCCACUUUGAUUGUUCCUGAUCUUCAGGGCAUGCUGUACCUAAAGGAAGAUGGGAAAAAACUUUGGAAACCUCGCUACUUUGUGCUCCGAGCCUCAGGCAUCUACUAUGUACCUAAGGGAAAGACAAAGUCCUCCAGUGAUCUCGCCUGCUUUGUUUGCUUUGAAAAAGUCAACAUCUACACCACCAACAACUUCAAACAGAAAUACAGAGCUCCCACUAACUUCUGCUUCAUGCUAAAGCAUCCCUGCAUCCAGAAAGAGUCGCACUAUGUCAAGUUCCUGUGCUGCGACGAUGAGCACACGCUGUUGCUUUGGGUCAACUCCAUCAGAAUAGCCAAGUAUGGGACUGUCCUGUAUGAGAACUACCAGGCUGCAAUAAAGAGAACCUCCAGUUUACAAUCUCUCCACUUUGAUGCACACAAAGGCAAAUAUAACAGUCACGCCCCUCAGAUCAGCCCACAGCCGAGUCCAGCUCCACCCAAAACCACAAAAGUUGAAGACUAUCCACAUGAGCCACCCCCUGACUUCAUCCCUCCUCCUCCUGGACACACGCACGUUUGAGACACAGCUUCGCCUCCUUCAGCAAGCCUGAAUUGAGCCAAUUUAGCCUCCUAUGUGCACACAUCAAACCUGGAGCCAAUAUGUUUCAGUAAUGCACACACGUGUUGCAUGUCCAUGAUACAAAAUCAUUUUUUUUUAAUACUUUUAUUUAUUCCCAAAUGAAAAAUAAUGAUUUGUGUUUGGAUAACAUUUCUGCCACUUAUACAUUUUCUCACCUGUUCCAGCAGCUUUAUGACGCACAAAACACACAUUUCUGUCCAUUGUUUCAAUGAGCUGUUUAUUACAAAAAGACUGUACAUAAAUGAAAUGAACACAUCCUAUGUACAAACUGAGAGAAGACAAAUAUUGGAUUUUGUUCCCAUGAACAUUUAAGUUACUGAUUCCCCCCCCCCACGCUUCAUCGUUAAGAAAACACACAUCAAAGAAAGGCGCCUUGACCUGUGAUGCCCUGAAAUGCUAGACGUUAAGUGGUAAACAUUACAAAGUCAGUGGUUUUUCUCAUGAUUUCUUUAUGAAAAAAGUAUAAAUUAAUCCUUUACAUACAAACUGCUAGUGGACCUUCUUCAGCAGUCCCCGAAACAAAAACAAGUUGAAUGCAAAGCUAGAAAUACAUUAGGUAGAAAAAGUUGUUUUCUCAGAAAAGAUUACCUCAUGAUGGAAAAAAUACAAUCAAGAAUGGGAUGUAGUGGCAAAUCAUUCACUAUAAUGACAUUUCGGUACUUCCAUGCUGAAUGAAUACUGUUCACUUGACUAAGUCAUUGACCUUUGCUAGUCUGUGUGAAAACCUGAAAAUGUUACCUCUGGAUAAUAUUCCCAUCACAACACAAGGAAGUCUGUAUCCAUUUCAAAAUAAAAGUUUGUGUUCAAUGCC